CCUCAACCAAGUGCACCUACAAACAGAGUUAAACUAUAUAAGUUGAAUUAAUUGAAGUAAUUUCUUCCAAUUAAUCCAAUGGCUUUCAGUUUUCCUGAUGUAUUUUGCUGGAUUCAAAAUCUUCCACCAAUCUCAGAAUGGGAAACAAAUUCCAUCUCCUUAAACGUAUGUUCUUCAACAACUUCUCAACCAUUACUCAAUCUCACCAUAUCCAAAAUCCAUCAAUCCUUAAAACUCUCUUUUAUGAUUGUUGCUGAAUUCAAUAAUAUUGACCCUAUUCAUCUUUGGACUUCAAAACCAUUUAUGCCAAGCUCAAAAACCACCAAUUUAUUAGACAAAGAAACUAUUUCAAAUCUCUUUAUUAAUUUCAUUCAAGACAUUCUUCAUUAUGGUUCAAACAAAAACAGCCCUUUAAUAAGGUUUCCAAAACUUGACUCUGGUCCAAACCUACCAAACAUUUUUAACCUCACUUUCUUCACUCUUUUUGUCCUUGUUUGCAUAUAUGAAGCACCUAAAAAUAUUAGUGAUGCAUGUAUUGGUUUCUUAAAAGAUCAUUUGACAAGUACUCAAUCAAGACAAGCUUCGAAUUUAUUAAUGAAACUUCUGGGCUCGAAUUUGCAAGAACAAUGGAUGCGUUCUGUGAACCUUGCAAUUACUAAUUGGGUUGGUGAGAUUGAAGAACAGCAUCAAAACAUGUUUAGAACGCCAUGUUCUUUGUUUUCUUAUGCAUUUUCAACAAGUGGGUUGUGGAAAGUGCAACUUUAUUGUCCUGCUACAUGCAUGGAUGUAGAGAAAUCGGAAAGUCAUCCACAUGACAAACUGGAAUUUUCUCUCAAGUAUCACCAAGUUGAAAGUGUUCUUCAGUUCAAUUACAAAGUUGUUGUCAAAGAGGAGUGGGUUGAAAUCAUGGUCAAUGUUGAUAACAUAAGGUGUGAUGUUACCAAAUUAGUGAACGAUUCUCUAGUGAAGGAAAGAGGGGCAGGUGCAACUGAAAAACAUUUUCCAUCAAGAAUAUCAUUACAACUAACACCAACUAUUCAAAACCAAGUGAUGAGUCUCUCAGUUGGAAAAUCAACAGAGAAUCCAAAAAAAGAAAUUGGUAUUGACAAAGGUAUAGAAGCUUCAAUUGAGCCACCAAAUCCUUUAGGACUCAAAGUAUCAGCCGGAGAAUCAACAACCGUUAGUUUAAAGCCAUGGAAAUUUGAACAAUCUGUUUAUGGCUAUAGUGCAAAUUUGAAUUGGUUUCUUCAUGAUAGUAUGGAUGGCAAAGAAGUGUUUUCAUCCAAGCCUUCUAAAUGUGCAUUGAUUAAUCCAAAGUCAUGGUUUAAAAAUCGUUACUCUAGUGCUUAUAGACCUUUUACUAGACAAGGUGGGGUUAUUUUUGCGGGUGAUGAAUAUGGUGAAAGAGUGUGGUGGAAAGUGGAUAAAGGAGCUAUUGGGAAAACAAUGGAGUGGGAGAUAAGAGGUUGGAUUUGGUUAACUUAUUGGCCAAACAAACGAGUAACGUUGUACAAUGAAACUAGGAGGAUGGAGUUUCGUGAAAUUGUCUAUCUUGAUGUUGCUUAAUUACCUUAGGUAUGAUAUUGCGUGGUUUUAUUAUUUAAACAAAUAUAUACGAUUUAUUUAUUGUAUGAUAUAAAUGAAGCUCUAUAUUGAUCUUGUGUUUUAAUGAAUUAUGAAAUUUUGGGUUGA